CGGAGUUUGGGGGAUCUCCUUAAAUGCCUCCUGAUCAGCUGUUAGUUCAGUAGUGACAGCCUURGAGYAGUUGURAGYAGUGGAUCCUAGAGAGUCAGUCAGUAGGUCAGUGUGUCCGGGUAGGUCUAAGUGGUGAGGAGUGGGACAUUGUCGUGCACCUAACACCACGAUGGACGACUAUCCGAUGUAUGGGUUGCUUGUUGGGUUCUCCCUUUGGGGGAGCCUCUGGCGUCUCCUCUUUCCUCUGGGGUUCUGGCACGCGAUGACGUGUAGAGUAGACACCCGGGGUGGUACUUCCACCAAGCCAUAUUUGAAGGAGGAGGAGGAGGAGAAGAUGGCCGCCAUUCUGAGGGAAAGAAAGGAGAAGAGAGAGGCCAAGAAGAAGGCCCUACAUGAGGAGCAGGCGGCCAAGUUGAGAAAGAUCGAGGAAGAGAUGGCCAGAGAGAAGGAGAGAAUCAUGAAGGAAGAGGAGGCGAAGUUGAAAGAGGUGGAUGAGGAAGAGGAGGAAGGACCGCCAUUGCAAAGGAGGAGUGGACAGCACAGUAGCAGCAAGGACGAAGAGAUGGAGAAACGGAUUUCGGAGUGGGUCGCCAACUUAUCCUUGGGUGAAGAGGAAGAGGUUGCUAUGUACAUCCCCAAGGAUGAGCAAGAAGCCGCUAUGAAAAAAUGGGAAGCAGAAGAAGAUGUUCUGACGCGGCGGGCGAUGGAAGAUGAACAGAGGAUGGCGUGGAAGCUCGGAAUGAUGAGGGAGAAGAAGAGAAGAGUGGAGGCGGCGAAUGCAGCAAUAGAGGAAUUGGAGGAGGUGCAGAAACUGAGGUUACAAUUGACACCCCAGGUGAGUCUGAUAAGGGAGGCUGCAGGAGUCUUGGCGAGGAUGGUUCAUGGCAUCAGACUGCUCAGGCUGGCGAAGCUACAAGCCAUGACACGAGUCUUGGGUGCUUUGCGGACGAUAGACGAGGACGACAAGCAGUCCUCAAUCGUUGCACAGAAGAAAAUUGAAGAGUACGAUGUUCUCCGUUCACAGGUCGUUGACAUCAUGCGGGAGACUGAUAUGAGCAGGCAAGCUGCGGAAAUGUCGACCUACAUGAGGCCAUCUUCAAUAGUGGUGGCGCUGUGGCUUGCCUUUUUCAUGAUAGCUUCGGGGAAGAUUGUUCCUGGCGUGAACAUAGAUGAGUGUUUGUUUGAGCUUCGAAAAAGUCAGCAAUCGGAAAAGAUUGUAGACACUCCGUAUCUGCUUGAAGCAUGGAACAUCAUCCGUAACUUCAUAAUUGGCAGAGGAAAUCUGGCCAGGAUAUUAAAAGUGAACGUUCCCACACGAAAAAGCAAGGUUGCGGCGAAACGCAAAGCUGGCGUGCCCGUUGUGCUGAUGGAGAAUACAGACCUGGACAGAGGCAAAAAGGGGUCAAGCUUCGACACCGUCUUCAAGUGGGCGGGAGCUGUCCUGUGUGAAAUCAUGCAGAGUGAAGCCUUCAGUGUGGCUCGUGUCUGUGGCAUCCUGUACACAUGGGUCCGCCUCUGCCAUGACAUUUGGCUAAUCAAGCGGAGGCUUCGUUUGAGAGCAUCGGAAGCUGCAGAACGGCAAAAGCAUUAUCAAAGCGUGCUUCAGGCUGAAAUUGAGGGUGCAUAUGCAAUGGGGGUCGCACACGACGGCAUCCCUGAGCACAGGGUGGCGUUUGCCUCCUCCCAGGACUCGUCAUCGGUGGGAUCAGAGUCACCUGGGUUCGUUCCAUCGGCUCCCGGCUUUGCAACACCUGCAAGCCUGCGAAAGAGUAUGCUUCGAGCAUUGGCGCAGCGUAGCUUUGGCAAGAAAGUGGGGGAGGAUUCACCAACGCGCAGGGCCAUGCACCUGGGUCCAGAGGAGGAGCAGGCUGAACAAAAGGCAGGCAGAGCACGGCGAGGUACCUCAAGAGAGGGGCAAAAUGAGCUGUCAGUAUCACUCCCUGAGUCAGUGGAUAAGGCUUUUCUCAAGCGAAAGGCCACCUCACUGUCGUUUAUGAGCCAGGACAAGGAGUUCAUUGACAGCCUUCAGUAUAGAUUGGGUAUAUCACCACGCGGUAAGCAGGGUCUAAAGAGGCAGGAGUAGUACUCAUCAUCAUCAUCAUCAUCAUCAUCAUCAUCAUCAUCAUCAUCAUCAUCAUCAUCAUCAUCAUCGUCGUCGUCGUCGUCAUCAUGAGGUCAACGGUUAUCAAGAGGAAGGAGGAGUUCUUAUGGCUGGAAGUUACACCAUAAAGUGCAUUGGCAGCUGAGCUUAGCGGUGUUGAUGAGAUACCAGUGUGAUCAAUGCUGUCAUCGGAGCUUAGUGGUGUUGAUGAGAUACCAGUAUGAUCAUCUUUUUCUUUGUCGUCGCUACCUCCAUCAUCAUCGUUACCAUCGACAUUAUUGCCUGGAAUUGCAUCUGCAGCAGGUGGAGUAUUGUACAUGAUGCAUGCUAACUGUCAAACCACUGUGUUUGAUCUUGAGAUGAAUCUUGCCAGUUCUUCAACAUAAUCACCAAUGUGCAAGGAAAUGGCCUAAUAUGUCAGAGUGCAGGCUUAUGUCUUAAGAAGAGUGCCCUGGUGAGCAGGUGAGGGUCCAAGGAAACAGUUUAAGACAGUUCCCCCUUCUGUCUUUUUGUUUGUCUUUUCUUCCUUUCCACUAACAGGUCACUGAGCAGUUUUCUGGCCCGUUAGAGACUUUGUGCCUUUAGGAACGAGGGUAUCCUGGCUGCUGUGGGUGGCGUGAACCAACCAUCUGUGGAGUCUUGCAUCUGAUGUGCAAAGGUAAUUUGUCCACUUUGAUUUGAGUCAAGGCAGGUUAUUAUUAUGGCAUAAAGCAUUGGUAGGGGGUUCUACAGACUGUCGAGGGUUCAGAUUUGUUAUGAAUGGACGGAUGCCCGGCAAAACAGUCUUGCAUAAUUCCUGGUUUUUCGUCCUUUUCUCCGUUUUCAUCACUGGUCCACUGGGGAUGGCUCUUUUUUGCGACAGUAUAUAUGCAUAUGGUUUUGCAAGCUCCCUGCCAAGGGCUUAACGUGGCAGGUCUCGACUCACAGUCAUGCCAUGGGUCUAUGUUUUGGCUAUUCGUUUGGAGUGUAUUUUCUGGCUGUAUUCCUUCUUUGUUCUCUUGGGGGCUUUCCUUGCUGCUGAUGUACAUCACUUUCAUUCUGGGUCAGUUCGUGUUGGCCGGGGCCCGGUGGUAGAUCACUUCCAUAAAGUUCCAUUCUUUCUUUUCUUUUCUUUCUUUCUUUUUUUUUUUUGACACCAGCCCCUUCUACUCUGAGUCUCUACUUCUGCUUGAGAUCACUUCCAUUCUGGGUCACAGAAAAUGAUGUUGUUGUUGCUGCAGGCAUCCAUGAGGGGCUCGGCAGACUGGCGAGGGUUCAGCCUCCUGAUGAGUGUAAGAGUGAGGAAACAGUCCAUCGCAAGCCCGGUUCUUUGUCCUGUUCUCCAUUUCUGUCAGUGGUUCACUGGUGGUUCUUCGGGGCAUUAUAGUAUGAUUAUACAUACUAGAUUACCUGUUGCACCUCGCCCCGCAAAAACAAAAGAAAUUUUGCAAA